AUGACUUACCGCACCACUACGGACCUUCUCUUCAAAUCACACACUUUCAUCCCCAACUAUGAGUGUGGCUUUCGGAAAGGUCUCAUAGGAAUCGUUGGUGGACUUGCUUUGGAUACCUCCUCGUAUGUGGCAGACCUUUCCAGCCUUUAUAAGAUUCCACAGAUUCACUCGUUCCUUCAGAAAAUCUCUUUUAACAACAGUGCUGGAGAUGAAAUUCAGUUUAAUGAGGAUGGGGAACUAGCAGCUGGAUUUGAUGUUACAAACUUGAUUACUUUCCCAAAUAACUCCUAUGCCCAAGUGAAAGUUGGAAUGCUGGAUCCUCAGGCUCCUCCAGGAAAAGAGCUCACCAUGGAUGAGGACAAAAUUGAGUGGCACAAAGUCCUCACUCAGGUUCCUCCCAUUUCUCUGUGCAAUGACUUCUGCCUUCCAGGCAAGAGCAGGAAAAAGAAGGAGGGGGAGAAAUUUUGCUGUUAUGAUUGUGUUCCAUGUCCAGAAGGAAAGAUAUCAAACCAAGAAGACAUGGAUUACUGUAUCACUUGCCAAGAAGAUCACUAUCCAAAUAAGGGACAAAAUCAAUGCAUUCUUAAGAUUACACAUUUUCUAUCCACACAAGAAAAUUUGGGGAUAAUUUUAGUUUUUUUGGCUCUUUUCUUUUCUUUGAUCACAGUUCUGGUGCUCCUCAUCUUUCUUAAGUACCAGGACAUUCCUAUAGUCAAAGCCAACAACAGAAGCCUCACCUACAUCCUACUUGUCUCUCUCCUUCUUUGCUUCCUCUCUUCACUGCUCUUCAUUGGACAGCCUAACAAGGUGACCUGCCUCUUCCGACAAGCAGCUUUUGGCAUCAUCUUCUCAGUGGCUGUUUCUUCUGUAUUGGCAAAAACCAUUAUUGUGGUGGUGGCUUUCAUGGCCUCUAGACCAGGAAACAUUUUCAGAAACUGGAUGGGAAAAAGACUGGCACAUUUGAUUGUCUUUGUAUGCUCUCUCAUUCAAGUAAUCAUCUGUGUUACAUGGUUGGGUACUUCUCCUCCGUUCCCAGUUUUGGACAUGAAGUCACUUACUGGAGAGAUCAUAAUAGAAUGUAAUGAAGGGUCAGUCAUGUUUUAUUGUGUCUUGGGCUACAUGGGGUUCUUGGCCACUUUCAGCUUCACUAUGGCUUUUCUAGCCAGGAAAUUACCUGAUACUUUCAAUGAAGCCAAGUUCAUUACGUUCAGCAUGUUGGUCUUUUGCAGUGUUUGGCUCUCUUUUGUCCCAACCUACUUGAGUACAAGAGGAAAAGAUAUGGUGGCUGUGGAAAUCUUCUCCAUCUUGGGCUCCAGUGCUGGGUUACUGGGUUGCAUCUUUUUACCCAAAUGCUAUAUCAUUAUCCUGAGGCCUGAUCUGAACAGCAGAGACCUUCUAAAAAGGAAUAAGAAUUAA